CAAGAUUUUAUUUGCAACAUCCGUUUUCCUCAGAAGGGAAGCUGGAAUCAAGAGACACAUCAUAAUGCAUUGCGGCUUGUUGCUACCUUUUGUCUUGGGAAUUCCUCUUCUUUGGCAUUGCCUUACAGCAACAGAGAACUCUGGAACAGAGAAAAUGAAGCAACUAGUGGCUCCUCAUUCAAGAGUGAAGCGUGGCUGGGUGUGGAACCAAUUUUCUGUACCAGAGGAAAUGAAUACCAGUCAUCUUGUUGGCCGGCUAAGAUCUGAUUUAGACAGUGGAAACAAUUCUUUUCAGUACAAACUUCUGGGAGCUGGAGCUGGGACUAUUUUUACUAUUGAUGAAAAAACGGGUGACAUCCAUGCGGUACAGAAGCUUGACAGAGAAGAACAAUCCCUUUACACCUUAAGAGCUCAGGUAAUCGACACCACCACUGGAAAGGCUGUGGAGCCAGAGUCUGAGUUUGUCAUCAGAGUUUCGGAUGUCAAUGACAAUGAGCCAACGUUCCUAGAUGAACCUUAUGAGGCCACCGUACCGGAGAUGUCUCCAGAAGGAACUUUUGUCAUCCAGGUCACAGCAAGUGAUGCUGAUGACCCUUCAACUGGCAACAAUGCUCGACUCCUAUACAGCUUACUACAAGGCCAACCGUACUUUUCCAUUGAACCAACAACAGGAGUCAUAAGGAUAUCUUCCAAAAUGGAUAGAGAACUGCAGGAUGAAUAUUGGGUAAUUAUUCAAGCCAAAGAUAUGAUUGGUCAGUCUGGAGCACUGUCUGGAACUACAAGUGUAUUAAUUAAACUUUGGGAUGUUAACGACAACAAGCCUAUAUUUAAAGAAAGUUUUUACCGCAUGAGUGUCUCUGAAUCUGCACCCACUGGGACUUCUAUAGGAAAAAUCAUGGCACAUGACAAUGACAUAGGCGAGAAUGCAGAAAUGGAUUACAGCAUUGAAGAGGAGGAUGCACAGACAUUUGACAUAGUUACUGAUAAUGAGACCCAAGAAGGCAUAGUUAUAUUGAAAAAGAAAGUGGAUUUUGAGCACCAGAACCACUAUGGUAUAAGAGCAAAAGUCAGAAAUCGCCAUGUGCAGGAGCACCUCAUGCAAUAUCAUACUGAAGCGUCCACAACUUUCAUUAAGGUCCAGGUGGAAGAUGAAGAUGAGCCUCCUGUCUUCCUGCUCCCUUAUUACAUCUUUGAAAUAUCUGAGGAAAAUCCACAGAGAACAUUUGUAGGCAUGGUAUCUGCAACAGACCCAGAUCACCAGAAAUCUCCUAUCAGGUAUUCCAUUAUCAGAAGCAAAAUGUUCAGUAUUGAUGACAAUGGCACAAUCACUACAACUAACACACUCGACCGGGAGAGCAAUGCUUGGUACAACCUAAGUGUUGCAGCCACAGAGAUAUACAAUGUACAGCAGAUCUCUUCAGUCCCCGUAUAUGUGCAAAUUCUGAAUAUCAAUGAUCAUGCUCCUGAGUUGUCUCAAUACUAUGAGACUUACGUUUGUGAAAAUGCAGACCCUGGUCAGGUAAUUCAGACUAUCAGUGCAAUGGAUAGAGAUGAAUCUGUAGAAGACCACCAUUUCUACUUUAAUCUCUCUAUGGGAGACAAAAACAACUCAAAUUUUAUCAUCAUAGACAAUCAAGAUAAUACAGCUGUAAUUUUGACCAAUAGAACCGGUUUUAGCCUUCAAGAAGAACCUGUCUUGUACAUAUCCAUCUUAAUUGCUGACAAUGGAAUCCCAUCACUCACAAGUACAAACACCCUUACCGUAUAUGUCUGUGAUUGUGAUGACAAUGGAAAUACUCAGUCCUGCAGUAACAAGGAACUCGCGCUUUCCUUGGGAUUCAUGAUGGAAGUCGUAAUCGCUAUUCUGAUCUGCAUUAUGAUAAUAUUUGGGUUUGUGUUUUUGACCUUGGGCCUACAACAGCGGAAAACGCAGCCUCCGUUUCCGGAGAAAGGGGACGGCUUCAGAGAAACCAUUUUCAGCUACAACGAUGAGGGGGGCGGGGAGGAAGACACCGAGGCCUUUGACAUCGUGGAACUGAGGGGCAGCACCGCCCGGCGCCCACGCAGGCCGCGGACCUCGGACAUCCGGAACCUCCGGAGCCUGUACCGCCAGUCCUUGCAGGAGGGCCCAGACAGCGCCGUGUUCCGGACCUUCAUCCUGGAGAAGCUCCAAGAGGCCGACACGGAUCCCUGCGCGCCUCCCUUCGACUCUCUGCAGACCUACGCUUUCGAAGGCAGCGGGUCGGCCGCCGGGUCCCUCAGCUCCUUAGCUUCGGCCGACUCUGAGCUGGAAGAAGACUAUGACUACCUGAAUGAGCUGGGACCUCGCUUCAAACGAUUAGCGUGCAUGUUUGGUUCUGCAGCGCAGGCCCACAAUUAGAGGUGUUCACCGUGGGAAUGUGGAAAGUGCUGGCGUGUGUUUGGGGAAGACGUAGUCUCUUGGUCAAGAGCGAU